ACGGACAUGCGCAUUGACAAAUAACAAAUUUAAGCGCAAAAUUCAAUUUUAAACAAAAAUAGAUAAUUUUGGUGUUUUUUUAGAAUGAUCUAGACUCAUUUAUAACCAGCAAUGUAUAUAAAGUCUAUGGUAAUCGACGGCUUUAAGUCGUAUGCCCAGAGAACAGAAAUUUAUGGGUUUGAUCAACUUUUUAAUGCUAUAACCGGCUUGAAUGGGAGCGGAAAAUCAAAUAUUUUGGAUUCGAUUUGCUUUCUGCUUGGAAUCACUAACUUAUCACAUGUUCGUGCUACAAACCUACAAGAGCUUGUGUACAAGAAUGGGCAGGCUGGAAUCACAAAAGCUACUGUGAGCAUUACAUUCGACAAUCUCGACAAAAAACAAAGUCCAUUGGGUUAUGAGCAGUAUGAUGAAAUCACCAUUACAAGACAGGUGGUUGUUGGGGGAAGAAACAAGUACCUCAUCAAUGGAAGUAAUGCCAACAAUACAAGAGUUCAAGAUCUGUUCAGAUCUGUCCAACUUAAUGUUAACAAUCCUCACUUCCUUAUCAUGCAGGGUAGAAUUACCAAAGUACUCAACAUGAAGCCACCAGAGAUAUUAUCAAUGAUAGAGGAGGCUGCAGGUACAAGAUUAUACGAAAGUAAAAAGGAGGCUGCUCAGAGGACAAUAGAGAAGAAAGAUAUGAAGCUGAAAGAAAUUGAUACUGUACUGAAGGAAGAUAUUACACCAACUAUUACAAAACUGAAGGAGGAGAGAUCAUCAUACCUAGAGUUUCAGAAAAUAAAUAGGGAGCUGGAACAUCUCAACAAACUGUAUAUUGCUUACCAGUUCCUUUGUGCAGAGGAGAAAAAGAAGAAAUCAGCUGAAGAGUUGACCCAGAUGCAGGAGGGCAUGAAAAAACUACAGGAUAGGAUGGUUGAGAUUGAUGAAAAAGUGAAAGAACUUGAUACAGUUAUAUCCGAGCUUGAGAGAAAGAGAGACGAGGAGUCGGGCAGUGUGAUGAAGAAACUUGAAGAUACACUGUCAGAGAACAAGAAACUAGAAGCACUCGCACAAAGUGCUGUUGAUGACAAAAAAGAUGGUCUGAAGGCAGAAAAUAAACGAAAGAAAGAAUUGACAAAAAAUUCAAAUGAUAAUACAUCAGCAAUAAAGGGAAGGGAGAAGGACUUAGAGAAGAUAGCAAAGGAGUUGGAAUCUCUGCAGAAACAGAGCGAGGCUGAUCAGGAUGCUCAUGUUGCUGCACAGAAACACUACCAAGCUGUCAGUGCUGGGCUGUCUAGUAAUGAUGAUGGACAGGCUGCUACUCUCAAUGAUCAACUUAUUACUGCUAAGAGUGAGAUCAGCAACGCAGAGACAGAAGCUAAACAAGCUGCUAUGAAGUUAAAACAUGCUCAGCAGGAGUUAAAGAAGAAGGAAUCAGAUUUAAAGAAGACAGAACAAGGCUAUAAAAAGGACAAACAAGCUUAUGAUAAUGUUGCCCAAAACUUGAACAAAUUAGAGGCUGAGUUAAAGAAGUUAAAUUAUGAGGAAGGUAAAGAUGAGAUGCUGGAAACACAAAGACGAACAUUAUCUCAGGAAGUGAACAGGUUACAGGAUAAAAUGGAAACACUUGAAGCCAGAUUUCCACACCUUCAUUUUGACUAUAAAAACCCAGAGAAGAAUUUUGAUCGAAGUAAAGUGUCAGGUUUAGUGUGUAAAUUAAUUAAAGUAAAAGAUGUGAAAACUGCUACAGCACUAGAAGUGGCUGCUGGAGGAAAGUUGUAUAAUGUAGUUGUGGACACAGAGCAGACUGGUAAACAGUUGUUACAGAAAGGAGAACUACGUAGAAGAUACACCAUUAUACCUCUCAACAAAAUCUCCUCCAGAUAUAUACCAAAUGAUGUUGUCAAACAAGCUGAAGGACUGGUUGGAAAAGAUAAUGUACAUACCGCCCUGUCACUGAUUGGCUUUGACAAUAACCUGAAAGCAGCAAUGGAGUUUGUGUUUGGUUCAACAUUUGUUUGUACGGACAUGAACGUAGCUAAAAAAGUUACAUUUGAUGAUAGGAUUCAGAAGAGGUCUGUGACACUGGGUGGGGACUCAUUUGAUCCUGCUGGAACCCUUACUGGAGGUGCUAGAGCACAGACGAGUUCUAUAUUAGAGAAACUUCAAGAAUUUACAGAAGUUGAACAGCAACUGAGACAGAAACAAGACCAGCUUGCUAAAGUUGAACAAGAACUUCAUAAUAUAAGAGGUGUUGCACAAAGGUUUACAAAGUUGAAGCAGGAGUAUGAUCUGAAACAACAGGAAGUAGAACAUCUGAAGGAGAAACUAGAACAAGGUUCACAUCAUCAACAGCUGGAAGAAAUCAACACACUCAAGGAAAAUAUUGUUGAUUAUGAAGAAACAGCAAAGAGAACAGAAGAAAUAAAGAAGAAAAACUCAACUAAAGUAAAAGAUCUGGAGAAUAAGAUUAAGAAUGCCAAACAGAUACGAGAGAAAGAGUUGAAAGAUGCUGAACAAGCUGUGACAAAAGCCAAGAAAAAGACAGAGGAGUCAAGCAAAAUAAUGAAACAAAAGUCACAGGAGGUAGAUAGUAUAAAGCUUGAAGUUGAGGAAUUAAAGAAGGAAAUUACCUCAUAUGAUGAACAACUAGCAACAGUUGAAGAAACCAUCAAACAGUACCAGUCACAACUUGAAGAACUAGAUGGUAAAGCCAGCGAAGCCAAGGAAGUUGUGAAGGCAGCCCAGGAAGAGGUGAAUAAACAGAAGGCCCUCCUGAAGGCCUGUGACAAGGAUAUUGGUGCUAAAGUAUCUGAACAAAAAACUCUACAGAAAGAGCAUCAUAAUUCUGAGAUUAAAAUAAAAGAAUUAGAUAACAAAAUUGUCAAGUUCCAGAAAGACACUAAAGAUGCUUCAAAGCUGGUGGAGCACAUGCUUGAGACAUAUGAGUGGAUAGUAGACGAGAGGAAGCAGUUUAACCAGCCAAACACAGCGUAUGAUUUUAAGGUUAAUGAUCCAAAGGAAAGUGAGAGAAGAAUUCAGAAAUUGACAGAGACAAAAGAGAAACUAGCGAGGAAUGUUAACAUGAGAGCCAUGAAUAUGUUAGGAAAAGCUGAGGAACAGUACCAAGAUUUGAUGAAGAAACGAAAGAUUGUGCUCAAUGAUAAAGCCAAGAUUUCUGCAGUUAUUCUUGAACUUGAUGAAAAGAAAAAUGAGGCAUUGAAGAAAGCUUGGGAACAAGUCAAUAAGGAUUUUGGCAGUAUAUACUCCACCCUGCUGCCAGGUGCUCGAGCCAAACUUGCUCCACCAGAAGGUCAGUCAGUGCUGGAUGGUUUAGAGGUGAAGGUUGGUUUUGGGGAUGUAUGGAAAGAUUCUCUCUCAGAAUUAUCAGGAGGUCAAAGGUCCCUGAUUGCUUUGUCUCUCAUCUUGGCUAUGUUGCUGUUUAAACCAGCUCCUAUUUAUAUCUUGGAUGAGGUGGAUGCAGCACUUGAUAUCUCACAUACACAAAAUAUAGGACAGAUGAUCAAAUCUCACUUCAAACAUUCACAGUUCAUAGUUGUCUCUCUUAAAGACGGAAUGUUCAACAAUGCCAAUGUUUUGUUCAAGACAAAGUUUGUAGAUGGUGUAUCAACAGUAACUAGAUAUGUACAACACGCAAACAAAUCAAAUGAUGGUAAAGAAAAUAACACUGCUGCAAAUGCUAAAAAGAAACAAGCCGGAGCUAAUAAGAGGGCCAGAUUAGAGGAAGUGGCAUAGUGACAGGCUGAAUUUUCUUGCUUACUGGUUUUUUUUGCUGCUAUGUUGAGGGUAUAAAUAAACUAGCGUGUAAAGCCUGUACCACUACAGAUAAAAUGUGAUUUAAGAUUGACUGUCAUAUAUCAGUGAUAUACAAAGAUGAUUGUUUAUCAAAAGUAACAUGCGCGUACAGGAAAUAAUACGGUUAAUUUAUUCAUUCAGUUUUGUAAAAUGUGAAGGACUUGUAAGACAAUUGCAAAGAAGUUUUUCUAACAUUAAUACUUGCGCUAUUUCUGAAAUUGACAUAUAGAAAUGGUUUUAGCUAUGGAUAAAACAAAUUUUUAUUAUUUAAUUUUGAUUAUGAGACUUCCGUCUAAAUUGUCAGAAAUAUUAUUUUUGAGGGUUGUUUGAUAACUUCGUAGAAUUGGUUUGUAAAAUUAAAACUGCUUUAAUUAUCAAGCUUAAAAUAAACGAUUCAUGGUAAAAUUAAAUGCAGUUUCAAAUGAGAGUAACUUCAUGUUUGGAAAAAAAGAAAAACCUGGUUAAUUAAGAACACUUUGGUUACUAUAUGAUUAUUAUAGUUAUGAUAUAAUCAAAAUCUCAGUAGGUACAAUAUUUUCAUGUAAAGUUGAUUAAGUGAUUAUUUUCUUGUUGAUGUAUUUUAAUUUCCAAACAACCAGAAGAUAAAUAAUAGUUAUUAAGAAAUUCUGCAAAUUCACUGCAGUUUUUGUCAUAUCUGUUUGACUGAUCAUAUUUAUCUCCCUAUCACUCUAUCUUUCAUCACCUUUAAUAUCAUAAUUAUGUAUUCAUUAAUUACAUUACAUAUUUUUAGACAGAAUGACAGUGCAAUACGAAUGUUUGUAACCAUAUAUAUUCUUGAGUAAAUGCAAUAAUAAAUGUAAAUGUUCAAAAUUUCA